AUGGAUGCUCACCUGUACGCAUUUGAAGGAAUUCCCGAACAUGAAGUUGGAGAGCUUUACGUUAAUCCUCGCGAUGCUGGUCACUUUUUGCACGUUAUGCGUAAAGAGGUUCUCAAAUCCCCACAUGGUUAUGGUUACAUUCGGAAGAACGGAGAUCCAGUAGGAGGACUGACGAAUUGGCGAAUUGAUCAUAUCCUUCCGGAACCAUGGUUCGAGUACUAUUACAAAGAACUUUAUUAUGAUGCCAUGAGAUCGAUGGAAACGUCGCUGGAUCCUCACUCGGAUUCGUAUGAUCCUGAAUAUCUCCAUCAUCAUCAUUGA